AUGCUUUAUCAUCCACAAAGACAAAAAUAUAUUGUAGGAACAAGAAGAAGUCAAUUGGCACUUGUACAAACAGAAAGUGUAAUUGAAAAUUUGAAAAAGUUUUAUCCGAACACUGAGUACGAUGUUGUCAAAAUAAAAACAAUUGGCGAUAAAAACCUACUCGAUCCAUUGGCAAAUAUCGGCGAUAAAGGCUUGUUUACAAAAGAACUUGAAAUCGAGUUGGAAAAGAAGAGUAUUGAUUUUGUCGUUCAUUCGUUGAAAGAUGUUCCGUCGACUAGUUUACCACCGAAUAUGAUCAUCGGUGCCAUUCUCGAUCGUGCUGAUCCAAGAGAUGCAGUUGUAAUUGCACCGUGGCGCACAGAAAAAUCGUUGAAUGAGUUACCUGAUGGGAGUGUUAUUGGAACGAGUUCAACACGUCGUAUUGCUCAGUUAAAAUUGGCUUAUUCGAAAUUUCACUAUAAGAAUAUUCGUGGGAAUAUGAAUACAAGAUACGAAAAACUUUCAGACAAAACAUUGGGCUAUGAUGCAAUGAUAGUGGCUGUGGCUGGAUUACAACGAUUACAUUGGACACAUCUUAUCAGCGAAAUAAUUGAGCCUGACAUCGUCUUGUAUGCAAUUGGUCAAGGUGCAUUGGGUAUUGAAUGCCGUCACGAUGAUAAUGACACGAUAAAAAUGUUGUCCGUGUUAAAUCAUUUUCCGUCUGUUAUUCGUUGCAUCGCUGAGCGUUCAUUUCUGAGACGAAUUGGUGGUGGUUGUAGUGUGCCGAAUGCUGUGCAAACACAAUACGAUGGAAAGGAGUUGAUUAUCGAUGGUAUAUUAUUGAAUCUGGAUGGAACUAAAUUUGUUAAAGAUCGCAUUAUUUAUUCUGACAUAACUUUGCCACGAAGGAAAUUACAAAUAAAUAGAAGUGUGUCAAUAAAAAGGGAUAAUUCUCCUGUAACAGGUAAUGAUGGUAAAUAUUCGACAGCAGAGCGAGUUGAAAUUGCAAAACGACGUUUAAAUUUGAAAAGAAAACAUGCAAACGAAGAUUUUGACGACGAAGAAGUCAAUAAUAAUAAUAAUAAUGAUGAUGGAGGGAAUAAACUAUCGAUAAUUCAAACAAAAUCUAAUGCAACAACAACUCUCUAUAAUCAGUAUUUACAUGUUUGCUGUCUUAAUAUUGAUGAAACAUUAUUGAAAAAUGCUGAACAUUGUGGAGUCAAAUUAGCUAUGAAACUUAAUCAAAAAGGUGCGUCGAAUAUUCUUCAAGAGAUAAAACAAUCAUUACCCUUACUUUGGUCUAAUAUGUAG